AUGGAUUUAUUAUUUAAAUUUUAUUAAGAAAUAUUAGCCUUAAUGAAUAAGAGAACAUCUUCAUUACGGGGAGGUGGUUGUGGAACUUUUAGAAUGUUUCCGAGAACAUAAGAAAACUUAAAGUCAGAUAUUUCAGAUAUAGAAAAUUUCAUUAACAAAUUUAAUCAUUUUGUUGAAAUAAUUUUUACUAAAGCUGCUGUUGCUAUCAAUUCGAUAUAAUCUUAAGAAAUAAUGAUAGCCAUAUAAUGGUUUGUUUUUUAAGAGGAAAUUAUCUACAAACUUAAUAAGAAUCCCUUAAAUAUCAUAAAAUCAUACAACCUAAUUGUAGAGGGAAUCAAAAAAUUAUUGCAAAGCUGUUUGAUCUAUAUUAGAACAGAUUCGUUUAAAUGUUUGUAUAUCUUAUAGCUUACAACAUAUCUAUACAAAGUCAUAUUUAGUUUUCAUGUAAUUAAUAGUGAAACAAUUUUGAAAGUUGAUUUAUAAAAGGAAUUUCUGGAUACUUCUGAUGAUUGA